AUGGAAAAAGCCUCCUACAAACAAGUUCAAAACGAAGGAAAGAGCAUCGCCCAAACUAAAUAUCAAGGAUUAGCAAAACAGGCCCAAGAAUUAGUUAUCAGAAUUUGGGGUAAAAUAAAUAUUAUGACUGAAUUAAUAAUUAUUAGAACUCACGAGAGUGAAAAAAUAAGAAAGUUUUUGGAGCAAGAACGGGUUGAUUAUGAAGUUUAUCACGAAGAAGAAAAACCCCAAAAAAUCAGUGAAGCAGCACUAGGAAGGGCCUACCAGGAAGCAUGGAGCAAUCCCCAACGAUAUCAGGAGGCCCAAAAAUGA